AUGAUGAAAGGAGUUUACGUCCUCAACAAGGACCAGCUAACCACUUUGCGGGAGGAGGAAGGCUGCGGCAUAUGCAAGGAGCUGAAGGAUGAAGAUGAAGGCCUGCGAGGCACGCUUUUCUGGGCCCUCUAUGGAGACAUGGUGAUGUUCGACACCUAUGCCAAUGCCAUUAAGUACCAGGACGGCUUGAAUCGUGGAGACAAGCGACGUGAUAUCCUCGUCGAAGAGGACGGUACAUUGCUGAGGCGAAACGGGUACAUGGACGUCCCCAAAGGCACAGAAGGUCUCAAGAAGCUUCCGAUCGUGUUCGGCCCCAUGCCGUUAGACCACAAGCCCGAGCGUAGGCAGCUCACGCAAGAGAUCGAGCAGCUGGUCCAUGUCGUGGCAACACUCAAGGGUCUUGCUGGCGCGAAUGCCGAAGUUGCCAGAAUUAGGAACACAUUCAACCCCAACGAUGGCUUGGAGAACGAGUACCAGACAGCGAGAGAAUGCCUUCAAAAAUUGUCGAACUUACGACGGGUGAGACACAGGGAUGCAUAG